GUCACAUAUUUGCGGGUCAAAGCAGAUAUCUCAGUAUCUCAGCCUUGCUGCACUCUCUAACCCAAUACAGCCAUGCUGGCCGAAGCGUCCUAUGAGGGCAUUUCUUGGGAGCUCAGCCUCUUAAGAUGUGGGUAUAUUGUGGCCGAAGAGCAUCAUAUGAAGUUUGUGCUUGAAGCUGGGCGGAUGUUUUCAGGCAGUAGAGAUUGCUACCUCCAGAAUUUCCCUAUUCAGACAAUUCUCGCGGUGUAGUUGACGCAGAGGUAUACGCAACUCAUGUUGGCAUGUUUUUGUCAUGUCGAACAAUACAUAAGUAUCCCCAGUCUCUGAGUUGCUCAGCGUUAUUUCUUCAUAAUAUGUACUGUUCAUUACCGCGUUUCUGUGUCACACAAUCUCACAACUUGCACUACUUUCCUGUCACUGUUGAUAUCAUUUCGCCAAGAUGGCCUUUUAUCUGUACAAAAGGUUUAUCAAGAACAGGAGCAAGAACGAAUCUCCAAGCAAACCGACACCUGGUCACCCUUGCGAGCAUCAGAGAAUAGCCAGCAGUACUUCAGAUGGCUUCGUCGAACUUGAUAACUUCACGCAGGCCGGCAGAGGGGGAACACAAGAGGACUUGGUGCCCGGUGUUGGAGCCCACAAACACGAAUAUCAAACCACUGAUGGGCAAGCGGGACAUCCACAUACGGACGAAUGUAGCGAUUGCAAGGAAGAGAAGAAGGCAAUGACAAGAUACAGAUGGAAGCUUAUGAUAGGGCUUUGCUUUCCAUUUAUGGUUCAAGCUUUGGACACGACACUCAUCGCUGGUGCCGCAGGCUUCAUCGCAUCCGAUUUCAACCAACUGUCCCAAUUGAACUGGAUCAUCUCAUCAUACAAUCUCACAAACGCAACUUUCAUCCCCAUUUGGGGACAAUUCGCCGAUGUGUUCGGACGCUACGUAGCAAUCCAGUCGGCUGCAAUGUCGAUGCUAAUGGGCAGCGUCCUCUGCGCCGCUGCUCCCACUUCAGCAUUUGCCAUGUUUCUCGUUGGAAGAGCACUCCAAGGCAUAGGCUGUGCAGGUCUUCUCAUCGUAACGAAAGUCAUUCUAGCCGACAAAGUCAACCUAAAAGAGAACGCCGCGAACAAUACGGUGUUUACUGUCGUCGCCGGGAUAGGAUACAGUAUUGGACCUGUCGUCGGAGCAUACCUGACCCAGAUAUCAUGGAGAUGGUGUUUCAUAAUCAACAUUCCCAUUGGUGUCAUCGGGCUCGUUCUCGCACACUUUAUCCUCCGACCAGAGCUUCUUGGGCCCCAGGAAAUUAGCCGCGCUGAUGGCGUCCCCGACUCAACACUCUCGCAGACAUUCGCAGCUAGACUCUCCACGAUCGAUCUUAGCGGACAAUUCCUUUUCCUCUUUGGGAUGGGUCUUCUGGUGCUUGCUCUCACAUGGGCUGGGUCGUACUAUCCUUGGGACGAUGUCAGGAUCAUCGCACCACUUGUCGUCGGCGUUGUCCUACUCGUUGCCUUUGCAGUAUGGGAAUAUCUUCUUCUUCCUGGUAACAAGCUCUCGAAUCGCGCUCCCACGAAGAAGGCUAUGAUCCAUAUCAAGCUGCUUAUACGACGCAAUGUCGGACUGCUAAUCUAUAUCAAUAUCGUCACGGGUAUGGCAAUGUAUGCCGUUCUUUAUUUUGUCGCUUUGUACUUUAGUCUCAUUCGACAGUACUCGGCAGCGAAAUCUGGAACGAAUAUCGUCUACUAUAUGCCUGGAUUUGGUGCCGGAGCCUAUCUGGCCAUGUUCGCCAUGAACAAAUGGCCGUGCUCCACAGCACCUCCACUUCUCCUCGGCACAAUCCUCGAGCCCCUCGGAAUAACCAUCCUCGCCUCCGCCCUCAACACAGGAAACCUGCACCUCAUCUACGGCAUGCUCGCCCUCACCGGUGUAGGUACUGGCAUCCGUCUCAUGCCCGGCACCCUCCACGGUAUCGGCUACUUCCCCUCUCAGAUCUCGCACGUUGUGUCUCUCAUGGCGUUAGCCAACACACUCGGCGGUACACUCGCCACGACUAUCAUGCUGAAUAUCUUCAACAGCACGUUACAGAAUCACAGCAUCGAUUUCAGCUCGUCGAGUAGCGAGAGUAUUGCUGCGAUCGAGGGAUUGACACCUGAGCAAUUGGCGUUCUUCAAAGAUGUGGCCACUAGAGGAAUGGUUUUGGCAUUCUAUGCGGUUACGGCGUUCAUGUGGUUGGGUGUUGUGGCUUGUUGUGGGAUGGGGAAUGUGUGGAUUGAGGGCGAAGAGCAUAAAACUAUUAAGGGGAGCUGGAUUGGAUAUUUAUUUGCGAAGGGGACGAAGAGCGGUGGGGAGAAGGAGGUAGAUGGUGCGGCUUGAGCUGCGGAUAGACUGUAAACCACAUGUUUUGAUAACGUCAAGGGAGAAAUAGAGGUUCGCAAUAGAGU